AUGUCAUUGGUGCAACACCUCCUCGCUUCGGACCCCGCGUCCUACGCCCGCGCAACCCGCUCCCGCUUCCUCGGCGCCGCCGCAAAUGGCACCCUCCCCAGGGAUGUCCUCGGCCGCUGGCUCGCCAACGACCGGUUGUACAUCCACGCCUACAUCAAGGGCGUCGGCCGCCUCCUCGAUGCGCUGGACCUGCCCGACCUCGCCUCCACCACCCCGGAGCCCCCAGCGGCAGAGAAGCUCCUACAAUGGCUCAUCGACGCCCUUGUCAACGUCCGCCGCGAGGAGCGAUUCUUCGUCGAGACGGCGGCUCGUUUCGGCAUUGAGGUGAACCUUCCGGCCUCCCAGGACGGCGUUGUCGUCCAAGACGAAAAGCUCGACGGCCUAAGGCGCUUUGAAAAGCUGUUUGGCGGGCUGAGCAAGGGCCCUGAACCGCUCGGCUGGUUGGAGGGUGCGGUAUUGUUGUACGCUACGGAAAAGUGCUACCUUGACGCCUGGUCCGGUGCCAGGGACGGACUGGACGCAUCUGCAGAUGGCAGUCGGGACGCGGACGGCGGUGCGCUGAGGAAGGAGUUUGUUCCCAACUGGAGCAGCGAUGAGUUCAGGGCUUUUGUGGACGAGCUAGGGACCAUUAUCGAUCAAGGAUAUGAGGACGUAGUCCAGAGAGGAGAGGGGGAGGCCAAGGACCAUUUACGAGAGCGUGCGCUGAGGGUUUGGAAGGAGGUUGUGCUUGCUGAGGAAACGUUCUGGCCGGCUUUGAACUAA